AUGAAAUACUUGGGUCAUAAACCUGAUGUAACAGACUAUACACAUCUAUUAUCAAUAUUUAGCAGACUUAGAGAUGUUAAACUAUCUGAAAAAUUAUGGCAGGAAGCAAUAGACGAUGGUGUUGUACCUUCUAUACAUUUGUAUAAUACAUAUUUGGCAUCUUGUUUACACCCCAGGAGACCUAAUUUAGGGAAGGCAAAGGCUAUUUUACAUGACCUUAAAAAAAAGCAGAUAAAGAAUAAUUUAACAACCUUGAGUCUGGUGAUACGGUUAUAUGCCAAAGAAUUUGAUAUUAGAAUAGCACAGGAAUUUCUUGAAAUUACAUUUUUACCAACUGUAAAGCUAAACUAUCAUCAAUGGUCCAUCAUCUCUACAUUCUUGGAAAUUUUCAAAGAAUAUGGCAGAUUGAAUGAUUUGGAUUCAAUGGAUAGUUGUUAUAGAAAAUUCCUGAGUCUUAACCUAAAACCUGAGCCAAGAAUCUACAAAUCAUUGAUAAGAUGGAGUUGUGUAAAUCAUAAUAUAGAACAAGCUAAAAAAUAUCUUGAGGAAAUGAUAUCACCACCAAUUAAUUUGAAACCAGAUCUAGAAAUAUUUAAUUAUAUGAUUGCAAGUGAGUGUAGAAAAUGUAAAACACAUUCUGCAUCUGAUUUAGCAAAAGAUAUGAAAAGAAAAUAUAAUAUGAUGCCAUCUGAAAUGAUUUUAAUUGCAAUUUUCAAAACUAUGAUUAGGAAAAAAAGGUUUAUAGAUGCAAGAUUUUUUGCAAAAGAAUGGGAUUUUCCAAAUCAUAUAAUCAAAAUAUUAGAAGCAAAACAAUAA